GCAGUUUGUAUUUGUCUCUCAAAACUGCCUUAUGUUAAACAAAGCAUUUUCCUUGCAGUACAGUUCUGUCCUUACGAUCACAAGUUCAAAUCCUAAAAGGUGGAUUUGAAAAUUGUCUUAUCUGCUGCUGGACACAUUUGCUUUGCCUCCUCUCCCUCAAGCAACUCCUCAUGGUAGGUAUCCACAUGCUCAAUCAGAGUUGUCCUGUAAAUUAGUUCCCCCUGAAGCACGUAGGUGCUGGCGAGUACUUCCUGGGUGCGCAAGCUGGGUAAUAGUUAUUGGCAGAAUGUACUUCAGAGGACCUCCCAAUCUUCGACUCUCUUGAGCCUGCUGGGAGUUGUUACGGUGACGGAAGGCCAUAAGUAGGAAAGGAAUACAACAUCAAAAUUAAGAGGGUGAAAAUAAAUCUAAAACUUCAGGAGGCUACCUGCUUAAUAUAGUGUCAAUGCUAUGCUGAGGAAGGUGGCCGGAGCCGCGGCGUCCAAACCUCACGUGGAGAUAAGGCAGAGUGGGGAGCAGUUCUACAUCAAGACCUCCACCACGGUGCGCACCACCGAGAUCAACUUUACCAUCGGCCAGGAAUUCAACGAGGAGACCGUGGAUGGCAGAAAGUGCAAGAGCCUGGCCACAUGGGAGACCGAGAGCAAAAUGACCUGCAGACAGACUCUCCUGGACGGCAACGGCCCAAGGACCUUCUGGACCAGAGAACUCAGGGGAGACGAACUUGUACUGACCUUUGGGGCAGACGAUGUGGUUUGCACAAGGAUUUACGUACGAGAAAAUAAAUGAGCUUCAGGGUCAUAGUAACAGACUGCACCACCCUUUGAACAUUUGCCGUAACUAACCAAUAUAUCCAUCUUAAGAGCGGAGCUGUCGAAAGAUAUUUUAUACGUAAUAGCAUUAAACAAACCAAUUACAGUUACCCAGCUUCAUGUAUCUAGAGACAGCACAUCGUUUCUUUAAAGUGAGGUAACUGGUGUGAGAAACAAGGUUUUUCCAUUAUUCCUCCUUUUUGUAUUUACAGUUUUAUCAGUAUCAGCAUUA